AUGGCGGAAUUCGUGCGGUCCCAGAUCUUUGGCACCACGUUCGAGAUAACCAGCCGGUAUUCGGACUUGCAGCCCGUGGGCAUGGGUGCCUUCGGACUGGUUUGCUCGGCGCGAGACCAAUUGACCGGCCAACCCGUGGCGGUCAAGAAGAUCAUGAAACCCUUCAGUACUCCAGUUCUUUCUAAGCGGACAUACCGAGAACUGAAGCUGCUCAAGCAUCUCCGUCACGAGAACAUUAUCAGCUUGAGCGACAUCUUUAUCUCUCCUCUCGAGGAUAUCUACUUUGUGACCGAGCUCCUGGGAACCGACCUCCACCGCCUCUUGACUUCUCGACCCUUGGAGAAGCAGUUCAUUCAAUACUUCCUCUAUCAGAUCCUUCGUGGCUUAAAAUAUGUCCACUCCGCGGGUGUGGUUCACCGGGACCUCAAGCCCUCCAAUAUUCUAAUCAACGAGAACUGCGAUUUGAAGAUCUGCGAUUUUGGAUUAGCGCGGAUUCAAGACCCUCAGAUGACUGGUUAUGUCUCAACUCGGUACUACCGUGCCCCCGAGAUCAUGCUUACCUGGCAAAAAGAUGCUGGAGGGAAAGCCGCUCUUCCUGGAAAAGAUCACGUCAACCAAUUCUCUAUCAUCACCGAGCUGCUAGGCACGCCCCCAGAUGAUGUGAUCCAGACCAUUUGCAGCGAGAACACUUUACGGUUUGUCAAGUCCCUUCCAAAACGCGAACGCCAGCCUUUGGCGAACAAAUUCCGAAACGCCGAUGCCGAUGCUGUCGACUUGCUGGAGAAGAUGCUAGUCUUUGACCCCAAGAAGAGAGUACGGGCAACGGAGGCGCUGGCCCAUGAGUACCUUGCACCUUACCACGACCCUUCGGACGAGCCAACGGCCCAAGAGAAGUUCGAUUGGUCCUUUAACGAUGCAGACUUGCCAGUGGAUACAUGGAAGAUCAUGAUGUACUCUGAGAUCCUGGAUUUCCACAACAUCGAGCAAGGAACCGAAGCUAGCCAAGCUCUGUUACCUGGCCAAGAUCCAGCAGAUGGGCCGCAGGCGUUUGCAUAA